GGAUUCCUUUUAUAGCCCAGUUACAACAUCCAAAAUAUAUAAGAUAAUUUAAGGAAUAAUGGAGUUUGCAGAUGCUGACCUAGCAAACCAGAGCGGAUACGAAGAAUCUUUCUAUCCAGUGUCUGCACCAUCCAUUCACUUCCAAGAUGGAACGUAUCCAAUGUAUCCCGAGUGGCAGCAAGGUCCGAUUGUUACAGAGGAUAUUGUACAACAUCCUGCAUUCAUGGGAAUUUCUCCGCUUUCACAAAAUGAGUAUUUACAAUCUGGAACGACUUGGACUAGUGAAUUGUCUACUGACUUCACAAUCAGUGAUUUUAACCAAUGUAGUGGGAUAGGAGAAGUUAAUGCACACGGGCUUCAUCUUGCAACUUCCAGUCAACAACCCGUAGGUAAAGAUGGGAAACCGAAAAGAAAGCGAGUACAGUCCAAAUCUCAGCGAAAAGCAGCGAACGUCAGAGAGAGGAAACGGAUGUUCCACCUGAACACCGCCUUCGAUGAUUUGCGAAAACGGCUUCCUGCAUUUAAUUACGAAAAAAGACUUUCCAGAAUAGAGACACUAAAGCUGGCCAUGACGUAUAUUUCAUUCAUGAAAGAAAUCUCUGAGGGGGAAGAUCCAAAAAAUGUUAAACUAAAACCGUACAAAACAGAGACAUGUGACGUUAUUAACCAACAAGAACAGUUACUAGGCAGAUACAGUGACGAUUCCAUCCUCAGUGUUUGAUGCAUGUUCUCGCUGACCAAUGGUAAAGUAUAGAAAAAAAUACAGCAAAACUUUCCCGACAUUGACAUUUUUUGUGCAUUAAAGUGAAAUACAAUAAGCGAGGGAGGAUUAAUUGUCAAACAACACAUUUCUAAGCAAGAUUUAAAUGACUUCACAGUCCAGCAGUGUAAUACCUAUGUACAUUAAAGAAUGUUCCUUAUACAAUAUGUUGAAAUUUUCUGAAAGAUUUCAUGCAUUUAUGAAAUGUCAAACAUUGAAAAAAUGUUGUCACGGACGAGAGAAAUCCAAACUGUGUUCAUAUCAAGUGUUCAAAUAUUUAUGUGUUAAUUACAUUUACAUAUAUAUUUUUUAAUUAUUUCUAAAUAUUUUAUGUAUUCUAAUACAUUUUAUGUUGUGUUCAGACUUUUUUUUCAGUUAUGCAAUAGUAUACAGUUUUUACUUCUAUUUAGUCUGAAUACGGUUUUUAGAUAUUUUAUUUUACACCGAAUACACGUGUACAUGUAAAAGGCUUGUUAUUUUUGGCAAUAAUAUUGAAUGCAUUUGUACACACAAAAUGGUUACUUGGAGAUAGGUAUAGAUUUCGAUUCAAGGUUUUAUAAGUUCGAUCAUUUGAAAUUAAACGAAAAAUUUGGAAAAAGUACGUCUUGCUUGAAGAAAAUUGCUGAUGACAUAUGCUCGGGCUCCUUGUAUGUAACCCGGAAGUACUUUUAAAAAAAAUGAACCCACAUUCUAUAUGGAUUGUGGCAAUUAAGUCUUGAAUUUGUGGCUGUACAUAAUUAAAAACCUUGAUAUCAGGAUCAUAUAUCUUCUUCCUUUUGUUAUAUAUACAUUGUAUACAUAUGAAAUGACGAUUUUUAC